AUGGCCAUGCGUGACCUGCCGCUGCGCAUCGCCGUGGCCUUGGGAAACUCCGCCAGACCGGCUUUCCGCCCCGCCCUGCCCGCCCUGCCCGCCCUCGCCCGCAAUGCCUCGUCCCAAGCACUCGCAGAAAUUGAGGACGCAUCCUCCCUCCACACGCCACCACCGCCAGCAGAUCUGGUCAAGGAUUUCGACCCGGUAGCGAGGAGUCGGCUGCGGAGGAGAGGGAACAAGCAGCUGCCGCCUAGCAGGUACCAAUAUCGCUCGCCCAAGUACUAUCGCGGUCCACUCCACCCUCACCAGCCCCCGCCAGAGUCAGAUCCCGCAUCGCGACUCUUCCAGCCGGGGCCCUUCAGUCUGUCGCGCCUCGAGCAAACGUACCAGAGCAAAAUCGCCUCAGACCUGCUCACCCUCACAUACCAGCACUAUCCCCCAGGCUACCGGGCCCCCAAGACCGAACAGCGGUUGCGCGAAUGGACUGGCGACUCGCCCUACUUCAAGAAUCGCCCACUGCGGCCCCCGCGAGGCAAGGGUGAAGUCCUCCGCCUGCUCCAAGAACCCCGCACAUUCCGCAAUGUGCCCAAAAUCACAAAGGUCGUCGUACAUUCCAUGGUGCCAGAAGCCCAAGAGAACAGCGGAAAUUUGCAUGUUGCCGGCAUGGUGCUGCAAGCCAUUAGCAAUGUGCGAGCAAUUUCGCACAAGGCAAGGCACAACGUAGUCGGCUGGGGACUGCGAAAGGGCAGAUAUGUCGCAGUCACCUCUACCAUGGAACAGGAAGACGCCGACAAUUUUUUGGCCAAGCUGAUCGACGUGGUGCUGCCGAGGAUCAAGGAGUGGAAGGGCGUGCCCGGUUCAUCUGGUGAUGGACACGGCAAUAUGAGCUUUGGUCUUACCCCGGACCAAGUUGCCCUCUUUCCCGAGAUCGAGGUCAACUAUGACGCCUAUCCUCCCAAGAUGAUUCCCGGUUGCCAUAUUACCAUCCAAACCGAUGCCACCAGCAACAAAGACGCCCGUCUCCUUCUUCAAGCCAUUGGUAUUCCAUUUUACGGAAAACUUAACGACUAG